CAAAAAAACAAAACAAAACCGUGAGUAUGGGAGAUGAGCGACAUAGGAAUGUCAUAAAAUAAAUGGAAUAAAUAAAAUCUCUAACGGGAAGGAAACGCUCGCUGCCCUUCGGGUCGCCUGCAUUAAUCGAGGUGGGAACCAAAGUGCGCAGCCUCCGAUUUCCCCACCGGACUCAUCUAGGAACGUACCAACCGGAAGUCGCCGCCACAGUUUAGCGAACGGCCGCCGUUGCGGCGGGAGAAAGUGGGGGGGGGCUGCGUUCGCUUCCCGAGGCAGCUGACUUCCGCGGAUGGUGCGGAGAAGCCGCUUUAACGAGGGCUCCGCUCCUCACGCCGUGCCGGGCCUCCUCCGCCCCACCGGCGAGCCGCUUACCUGACUCGGACCAAGAGCAAGAUGGCUCACAACCAGGCUAAGAAACGCAGGAGGAGCCGAAGUGAUUCCCGGAGCCGACGAGAGAAGGAGGAAGAUAAGAAAAAGAGGAAGAGCAGCAAAGAUUCCCGCGAGAGGAGAAGCCGAUCCCCGGCAAGCAAAAAAGAGUCCGAAUCCCAGGAAUUCAGGACGAGUUUAUCCUCUUCCAAAGACGUGAAAAAGAAGAAGAAAACGAAGAAGAAGAGGAAGAGGAAGGCCAGCUCUUCUUCCUCCGAGACCGGCUCUUCUUCCUCCUCCUCUUCCAAAUCGGCCUCCUCUUCCAGCGCCUCUUCGGACGAGUCCGGCGACGAAAAGGCCAAACCCGAAAAAAAAAAGCAGAGGAGGAAGAAGGCGUCCAAAGGGAAAGACAAGAAGCGGAAAAAACGAAAAGAGAAAAAGAAGAAGAAGAAAGCCAAGAGAGAGAGGGGGGAAGAGGAGGGGGGAAGUAAGAAGGAAGAGGCCCCCGGCCCUUCGCUGGACCAGUGGCAGAAGGACGCUGGCUCGGAUUCCGGACCUGCCCUCACGGACGAGCAGAAGUUCCGCAUUCAGGCCAUGAAGCCGAUGACAAAAGAGGAAUGGGACGCCCGGCAGAGCGUUAUACGGAAAGUCCUCGACCCCGAAACAGGCCGCAUGAGACUUAUUAAGGGUGACGGAGAGAUCCUGGAGGAGAUUGUCACGAAAGACAGGCAUAAAGAAAUAAACAAGCAAGCCACUCGGGGCGAUGGACUUUCCUUUCAGAUGAAAAUGGGGAUGUUGCAGUAACGGGACGGACCCCCGAAACGACAACCGAUGAUCUCCUGGCUGUUUGCAAAGGUUUUUGCCCCAACGAGCCAUGUCCGAGUGCCGGGAGGCAGGCAGAGGCCACAGUUGGCCAAGCCUUUGGGAGGUCUCUCCCCCUCCCCUCCUGCCCCCAAGGGCUCCUUGAUUUUCCCCAGGGGUCACUCCAGCUGUUCUUCUUCAGCUCCCCGUCCAGUCGAGGUUAGGGAAUGUAAUUCUACCAGGUUCUUCUUGGGGGAGGGAAAAAAAGAGAGAGAGAGAGUGGAGGAUGCAGGAGAAAAAACCCGACCAAUUCAGGGCGGCUUUUGAUGGUUGGGGAGGGGGAGGCGCUUUCCAAGGGAUUCCUUGCCGCUCAAGAGGCCGCCCGUCUCCCUCGUCCGUAAUUUUGUUGAUCUGGGAGGAAAGGAACCACUUCCCCCAUCAAACAGCAACGCAAUCCCUGGGCUACCCGCAGCUGCUCCUGACCGGGAGGGAGAAUGACUCAUCCAUUCCCUGGUCUGGCUGCAGGAGGAGAACAGAGUGCAGGGUCUCCUUCAAUCCACCUGGCACUGCGGCACUCAUUCACUCACACACACACACCCCACACAUACACGCAGAGCAAGGAGGCCCAAGAGCUUCAGGGGAAUCUGGAAUGAGGCCUCCUGGCCCAGUUCUCCGGCUGCCUGGGUGACUCAGGUCACCUUUUUAAGGGCACGGUGGCUUCCCAGCCAGUUCGGGGAAGAUUACAAAAGCCGUUUUGGGGUUUCCAGAGGGCCGGUUUUUGGAUUUUUUUUGGCUGUGGGAGAAGGUUGGUUGUGGUCCCCACUUGGUUGGAGCCCAGAGAACGUCUGGAAGGUUGCCAGUUGCUCAGCCCCGAAGUGGGAUUUGACUGCUAAUGAGAAAGGCGAAGGACGGCAUUGUAGCUUCCUAAGGUCGUAAGAAGAGCUCUGGCAAAACCUAGUCUCUGUGCCUGAGCUGCUAGCUUAAUUCUGCAUUGGUUGCUGCAGGUUUCAUUUAAUUUCUCUCUUUCUCCUUCCCUCCUCCUUCUCUUCCUAUGCUCCUCCUCUUUUUCCUUCCUUCCAUCGUUUUAUUUUUCUUUCUCCUCCUCUUCCUUCCAUUCUUCCUUUCGUUCUUCUCCUUUUCCUUUUAUUCUUCUUUCUCCUUCUCUUCCUUCCCUCCCUCUUCUCCUUCUCUUCCUUUCAUUCUUCUCAUUUUCCUUCUAUUCUUAUCUUUCUCUUUCUCCUUCUCUUCCUUCCAUCUUCUCCUUCUCUUCCUUUCAUUCUCCUCCUUUUCCCCUCCUUCUUUCCUUCUAUGCUAUUCUUAUUUUUCUCUUGCUUCUUCUCUUUCAUUCUUCUUCUUAUUUCUUCCAUCCUCCUUUUCCUUCUCUUCUUCCAUCCUCCUCCUCUUCCUUUGGCCAGAGAGCAUUCAAUGCCUUGUCAAUCAUUCAUUCUUGGAUAGCCACUUUGUGCAAUUUUCACAUAACCUUCCUUACAAGAGAUUUUUCUCCCCCCCACCUUCUAAUUCCUCCCGUUUCCAAUCUUGCCUGGCCUGAUUGCCCUACCAGAACAAAAUUGGGUUACCCACAGGCCCAGUGGAACCACACACCGGCCAAUUCUUGGUCUCCUUUGGCAAUCAAACAGCUGCUGAGCUAGCUUAUGUAAACUCUGUUCCCAUUACAAGCAGUUAAUUAUUAAUCCGUUCUUGGAACAGGCCGCCCGGGCUAAAUUCACCCCAAAGGGAAAAUCAAACAAGCACGCGAGAGAAAAUAUGGUAUAGUCAGUGUGUGUUUAAAAUUCUGCAGAGCAUUCGGUCCUGCAGAGCUAAAGGCGCUGAAAUCGUGCGGGUUUCCAAAGCACCCGCUAAAAAGGCAAAUUUAAUACUCUUCUUUUGAAACUCGCCGAGUGUUCUUUUUUUUUAAAAAAAAAUUUGGCUGGAUUGUAUCCUUUGCAUGCAUUGUUCUCUUUUUCAAAACUGCAAGCGCCAAGCUAAAAGAAGAAUUGUCCAAGCGAUCAAUACUAUGUCAUCUGUCCAACUGGAAAUGCUUUGUACGGGGUGCUGAUGUAGCUAAUUUAACUAAUUAAAGCAGUCUUCUAAACGAC